AUAAUGCGAACAAUUAACUUUACACAUUUUUUGCCAAUUGUGCCCUGCAAUGGCCACAAAUGGCAUCAAAAAACCUGGAUCCGUUUUGGAUCACAGUGGCUAUCUCUUUAAUGUAUACAGCAAGUGCAAAGAAUACAUAGUUCUCAGGGCUGGUGUCCUGCGAAUUCGCAGUGGCCCAAAAGAAUCAGAUCUUGCUGUGUUGUACAUAUUUGCAGUGGGCACUGAAGUGGCGCUUCUUGCUAACAGCAAGCUGCAGAUUAGAUGCCGCGUGCCACAUGCACAGGAGUACUUGUUCUCUGCUGGAUCAGAGUCAGAGGCGGAAGCUUGGCAUGAUGCCCUUCGAGCCUCGAUGAAAGCAGCAGAAAUUAAGACGCGGGCCUUGCUGGAGCAGAUCAAUAGCGGCUCCACAAUGCACAAGUACAACUACAGCAAUUCCAAGCGCUCCCGGCGCUUCUUUUGGGUGCAGAAAGAUGAGCUGCGCUGGGGUCGUGCCAAAACUGAUACAGAUAGUCAGAAUGUGAAUCUCAAAGAAUGCCUGGGAAUCGUUUACGGACCGAUGACCACCACGUUUCAACGUUGUGAUCAUCGGGAAGACCCAGACUGGGCCUGUUUCAGUCUGCUUUUUACUGGCCGAACCUUGGAUCUUGCUGUAGCUGGAGACCUUCAAAUUCAUGCUUGGCUUUUGGGAUUGCAGCAUCUGGUAUCGCAGCAUGGAGUUGGAUCAAUGCCGAUUAUGUCUGAAGGGGAAUUCUACCGGAGAAAGAUUCAAUACAAGCUGAUGGCCUGCGCUCAUCUCAACGGUUACGUCCUGAGCCGAUUUCUUAUCAUGAAGGUCAAGGAAGCUUCUUCCCUCACCAGGGGUCCAGGGAAGGCCUCACGGGGUCUUGGAGCUGGUGCGCUGGUGAGUGGUGGGCCCUUGGCCAAGCCGAUGGAGGUGUUUUCGCUGAAGAAGGAGAAAAAAGACAAGAAGCGUGAGAAGGAGGGUGUAGAUCCGGAGGCCGCAGCUCGCAUCGAGACCUUGAAGAGCAAGGUCUUGGAGCUUCAAGCCACACUAAGGAGGCGCACAGCAGAGGCGGAAGGCAACGAGGAAUUGCUCCAACGUGCAAAAGAUGGAAAGUUACCUUCCCCUUCGGCUUCGGAGGAAUUGAGCAAAGAGCUUCAAGAAAUCACACUGGAUGUGCUUUCGAAACGGUGCAAAGCCUUGGAGGCGCAAGCCCAGCAGCUCACUGAAAGCAAUGAGCAGAUGGGGCCGCAGGCAAAGGAUGCUGGGAAGUCAGAAAGGUCUCUGAAGAAGCUGCAAGCUAAGCUCGAUGAAUGCGAAUCUCGCAAGCGAUCACUGGAGCAGGAGCUGGGCCUUGCCAGCGCCACCAUGGUGCAGGAAAGUGGAGCGCUGACUGCCUCCUCUGCUGCGACACAAGUGGCACAAAGCCGCGGCCAGGAGCUCCAGCAGCGCGUGCGAGAGCUGGAAGCGCAGUUAAAGAACCCUCAAGAAGGACAAGCGCACAAGGCAGCACUGGAGAACAAAAAACACGACGAAGCCAUUGCCAGAGCAGAGCAAGAAAAGCUUCAGUUGACCCAGAAGCUGGAGGCCUUGGAGCAGGAGCACAAACGCACGCAAGACGCCGAAAAGCAGCUGCUGGAGCGGCUGUCACGUUGCCAGAAGG